AUGGCAUCUGUGACCCCCAUGUCCGGCUUCUUCACCCAGCAUGAGAGAUCUCCUUUCCCUACAGUCCUCCAGGCCUCACAUGAGCAAGAGAAGGAAGCCCUUACCCACUCCUUCCAGGAGGCCAAGGUGACCCUGCAGGAGACCAUAGAUGGACUGUCCUCGCAGCUGGAGGUCUUCCAGGCCAAGAUGAAGAGGGUAGAAGAGUCCAUUCUGAGCCAAGACUAUAAGAAGCACAUCCAGGAUUACGGGAGCCCCAGCCUGUUCUGGGAGCAGGAACUGGAGAGCCUACACUUUGUCAUCGAGAUGAAGAACGAGCGCAUUCACGAGCUGGACAAGCGGCUGAUCCUCAUGGAAACAGUGAAAGAAAAAAAUCUGAUGUUGGAGGAAAAAAUCAGCACCCUGCAGCAGGAGAACGAGGACCUCCAUGUCCGGGCCCGCAACCAGAUGGUUAUGUCAAGGCAGCUCUCGGACGACCUCCUUCUCGCCCGCGAGGCCCUGGAGAAGGAGUCCCAGUUGCGGCGACAGCUCCAGCAGGAGAAGGAGGAGCUGCUGUACCGGGUCCUGGGGACUGACGCCUCCCCUGCCUUCCCCCUGGCCUCUGUCACCCCCACUGAGGUCUCCUUCCUCGCCAGCUAGGGCCCAGGGCCUGGGCCCGCCAUGACGCCUGUGGUCACAGCUCCCUCUUGAGGACUUACCAGAGAAGACAGCAGGAGCCUCUCGUUCUUUUCCCAGGAAGGGCGGAGGGCAGGGGUGAGGUGGGAGCCAGGGUGUGUGCCCAGGGAGCCCUGGGGGCUUGGGCUGUGCAGGAUCACCCAUGGGGCUUCGAGGCCCCAGAUGCGCCUUCCCUUGAGUUGGCCCAGGGAACAAGCAAGAGGAGUCCGUCCAUCCCUCCCUGUUCCCUCUGUUCAAAUCAGGGAAGUCCUGAGCUUUUUCCAGGGGCAGCCAGCGCCGCGGAGGCCACCUGACAAAGAGACAACCCCCUGCUCCUGACUCGUUAGCUUCCCCCAGAUGUUCUCGCCUCUGCUCAGACCCUCCCUUAGUCUCAGUUUACCACUCCUCUAAAACAGCCAGGGGAACUGAACGAAUGAUCCUUGAGUCACUACAGUGUCCCAUUCUAGGAUUGUUUAAAGGUCAGACGAGGGGCUGGGGGACAGGAGAGGAAGUGGGCCAAACCCUGAGAACCAACAGGGAAAGGUGGGCAGCUGGAAAGGGGGUCACUGGAGGCCCUUGGGGCUGACGGUGCCAGGGCCCAACUCAGCCAAGGCAAGGGCUGGGCAUGACCCAGGGCAUGCCACUGCUCCUGGUCCCAGAGUCUGGUCAGCCCAGGGGUUAAGCCAGAGCUCCUCCUCCCUGACCAGGCAAGGCUCACUCCUCAGCCCUCUGGGUCUCUCAGUCUCAGGGCCACCUGGGCACGGGGCCACCUCGUGGGUCUGGGUACACCUAACUGCCAGAGUGGGGAACCUCGUCCCUGUACAGAUGAGGAAACCAAGGUGGGGAGUGGGACCCACAAAGCCAGGACUAGGACCUCAUCUGUCAUCCAGCUCAUAGCUUGCUGUGCUUGUUUUUCUCCGCAGGCUCUGGAAAGAUCAGAUGUGUGACUUAGUCUUUCUCUUCCUUCCUCUACCUGCCCCCACCCACUUCCAGGCUCUCUCUUCCUCCUGCUUCCUACCUUUACUCCUUCUACCACCACUGAUGCCAGGCGCCAGGACCCCAGAGCCUGGCCCUCAGCUUCCCCAUCCAUGCAGAGGGGUGGCCAGAGUGAGCAACCUCAGCAGGCCUGUCCAGCCCUGGCCGUCUGUGGACUUAUUCUUCUCAGGAAGCUUCGGGUCAGCUGGACACUAUAAUGAGAACCCCUCCCCUGCCCAGAGCAUUUUAAUUCAAUGCUCUCAGAGACACCUCCCUCCCGUCAGCUACCUAAGAUUCUUGAAACCAGUUCUUACCCCUCUUCAGCAGCAGAGCAAACUGAGAUCACAGGAGUCGAAGGGCCUUGCCUGAGACUCCCCAGCUUCAGCUCCAGGUCCCAGACUAGCAAGUAAGAAAGGUCAGUCCAGUAGAACUAAGGUUGCUCCAUCAUCCCAGACUGCCUUCUUCAUUCCCUGGAUCUGGUCUUCAGCCAUUCCUUGUUCGAGGAGUUCAGAUGUGACUCUGUUUCUCCAUUUCUCCCCUAGGAGGGCUAGGGGAGUGCUGAGCUGCUUCUCUGGCCGUGGGCAAACAGAUUAUCUAUCUGGGAGCCUUGGGGACAGCUCUGGAGUGAAGUACACAUGUACUUCUUCAUGUAACUUUUCCCAAAGGUUGUCUGGGAUACACUAGUUCAUUGCACAUUAAUAGGCAUGACCAAGAAAAAAAUUGAUAGCCAAGUAAUUUGAGAAACUCUAGAUUCAGUCAAGUUAAACAGAUCUGCAAAGUGCAGGACUUCUCAGAACCUUUAAUAUGCUAAUGUGAACUGCAAAUUUCCAAGAAGGAAGCAGAGUAUCCAGCAUUUUCUAUACUCCCUUGACCAACUUCCUACUCCAACCUAAGUACUUCAGGCUGCAGAAUACACUUUAGAAAGAUGAGAAGGGCUAGGCUGCAGAACGGGCAAGUUGUGGGGAGCAGGGUUUCCCUCAUGUAGCCUAUGGCGGAGGCAGGGAGAUAAAUUGUGGUCACUCCCUCACCCUGCGGCACACAAGCCAUGGAAAUUAUGUUAUUUUAUUUAUUUGGCCCCUGUGUUUUCCUGGGAGAGGGAGGAGGAGGCUCCUCGCUGAGGACCCCUGCUAGUGGCAGGGACCAUUGAGGAGUAUGUCCUGGGCCUGAGUGACUUGCCACUGGCUCUGUGCUCCCUCCUGGGGUACUGGUGCCCCACUGGCCCAGCUUUGCCCAGCCCUGGAGUGGGGUCUGAUGUUGGAGUGAAGGCUGGCCAUCAGAACAGGUCAGGGCUUGGAGGGAGGCUGUGAGGUUGAUGCAAGGCAUAGAAGCCGUGAUGGGCGGGCAGAGUAUAAGGGGUGAGCGCAAAGGUUCUUUUUGCACUCUUUUGGGAGUGACAACUCCUUGGCAUCAAAAACACCAAGGUUCACACUGUUACCUACCCCUGUUCCUGCCCACUGCUCCACACCAGCAUGCCUGCAGCUAGCAAGGGAGCUAGGAAGGGGCAGGGGGAACAUGAGGGCUUCUGGUCACAUGGACACGGGUGGUGGCAAUCCCCGUGCCCUGCAAGUUGGUGGCCUGGCAGGUGUAGAUGCCAGAGGCCCCAGCCCGGGCCUCUUCCACAUACCGGGUGCUCCGUGCCUCCUGCAGCACCUGGCCCCCUCGGCGAACGACGCUGGCCCACUCGCUGACAUAGGGGGGUCGGCCCAACUGCAGGGACAAAAAAAUAACUGUCCAUCAGCCAGCCCAGGUGUCCUCUCUGACUCAGGCAAAUGAGAGGCACUGUGUAUUCCGUCAGGGAUGGGGACUCGUCCAAGGUCAUACAUGCAGAUCAGAGCACCUGAAAGGCCAGGUUCUUUGUGGCAAAUGUGAGCUUCUCAAGUCCCUGAGGAGAAGCUGGGGUCUCCUCCCUGACUCAAGGAAAUGCAGGAAGUAACUUGACUGGGAGCAGUACCCCCCCAGUAUGGCCCUCUGGUUUUGUGUGGUUGUUAAUGGGUGCUACCUCCCCAAGGCGGGGCGGGAGGUGGGGUUCUAUUAUGAAAAUUGUUUGGAAAACACUGAGUCAAGCAAAAUUAAAUUGGAGAGACUCAGAGCACCGA